CUUUCCCUCGGAAAAUAACGAAAUUCUUCAGUUUACACAAAUUGUUAUAUAGCUUUUAUUUAUUUAUUUAUUAUUUUGGUUAUAAUCGAAGUUAAAAUUAGUCUAGAGUCUAAUGAAAAGCAUAUUGCCUAGGUCAAAGUGAAUGACCUACUACUACCUAAUGUGUUUCAUUCUGCUUUUGGUAUCAUAAGUAGCUUUUUUUGUCGCAAGCUCAAAGUUCAAGACACCUGGAAUGCUUCGUUUGCCUAGGUUAUAGAUAGGUUCCAAGAUGCGUCCUGAGAUGUCGUUACAUAUUAAGGUAGGAGCCCCAGUUUCAACAUGAUUAGUUUUUCUGCUGUCUGAUGGUGUGGCGCAGCCUUCGGUUUUUGUGUGUGUGGUGUUGGUGAUGAUAGUAUCCAAGUCAACAAGCGUGGUAGGAUGCAGGAGGAGGGCUCCACGAAAUUCCUGCUGCAAAAGAGUAAUUCUCCCACAUGCAUUGCAUUUAGUCCCAAGGAUCGAUACACUUUCGCCUUUGGAGGAACUGAUGGUGAGAUAGCGAUUUUGAGUGCCCUCCGGGGAGAGUCUGUUCGUACAAUCCAGCUUACAGCUUUAAGUCUUGCUCGGUCUCUUAACUCCUUGACCUUUUCUCCAGAUGGCACAAAGGUCAUUGCCACAGCUGUGUCCCGCAAAGUCAGCAUUAUUGAUGUUGAGAGAGGAGAUCCAGUACUGGCAUAUGACAAUUGUGCCAGUCCUGGUGAAGGUCGCCAGCCUCUUGUGAUGCACCCUGAUAUGCCCUAUCUUGCAGCUUGUGCUACUGUUAAUACAAAAGGAAUUACUCUUAUUGAUCUUCGCAUGCCAUUGCCACUUGAUUUCAUUUAUGAUAUCCAUGAAGACAGUAUCAAUGACAUUUGCUUCUUAGAUGGCUCCUGGCCCUGGGGAUCAGGGAAGAUGGUGCUCGUGUCAGGUUCCUCUGUGGGACAGAUGAAAGUGAACAGUGUGGAUGGACGUCCAUUGUGCUCCUUUACGGCACCUUCGCCUUUAACAUGUAUGGCCCCUUCUCCUGAGGCUUAUAACAAAACAGUAUCUCAGGGAUACCCAAGUGUCAUGAUGGCUAGUACUGGGGAAGGUCUUGUGUGUUGGUGUGUAGGAGAACGACCUUGGAAGUGGGAGAGUCAGCCCGUUAGUCCAAACCGGGUGACUCGAAUGAGGUAUUCACACAGCGGAGGCUUGCUUUACACUGCCCAAGGGAAGAUGAUCACUAGGUAUCGCCGUUAUCCUGACAGACAUCAAAAUGUCGGUCAGGUGUAUAGUCACAACGCUCCCAUCAUGGACCUGGACAUCUCUCCUUACAAUGAAUAUUUGGUUUCUGCGGGACACGACCACUCUAUUGGCCUUCUGCGUCUGGGUUCCCCAAGCCAUGGCUGGACUCAGUACUGUGAGUUUACAUAGAUAUUUCUUAUUCAGCACUGCCAAUAUCAUUCAUGUUUUGUCAUUUCUCCAGGUUUCUGUUGUUGCGGGAGUUCCAGAGUAAUUGUUUUAUUAUGACCUAACUUGGAAAGAUUUAUCAUAUUUUUAAGUUAUAUCGUAAGGGAUACAUUUGUUAGUGUACGAAGACAUGUGAUGGAAGUGGUUUCCAUUCCAGGUGUUGUAUAUAACAUAACUAGUGCAAUAAUAAUAAAUUUUGAGACACUCAAUUUUGGUGUACGUAGUACGUAGUGACAAAGUGAAAUGAUUGUAUCGUAGAUUUGAAGAAUGUUUAUGGUUUUAUUUAGAGUUCACAGAAUAUACAGUAGAUGAUGCUGAAGGACUUGGACAUGUUUAUUUGUAUUUAUUUUUAUAUGAAAAGGCAUGGUGGUAAGUUGUGUUUUAUGAAAACAUAUUUCAUUUUGAAUAGUACGUAGUUACUUCAGGCGGUCUUUUUGCCAUGAGAAAUCUUUCCCUUUCCUGCCUUUGUAGCUUCCUCUUGCUCGUUGUCACGAACUUUUUAUGCAACCUAGGAAUGAGAAUUUUUCCCAAUGUCAUAUAUAAACCAUUUAUUUUACAUGUUUUAUCUGUUACUGGUGGAUGAAAUAGACCAUACCUGAUUAGGAAAAGGAUCAGCAGGCUGUCAUUUGGACGGUACAGGAUAAGGGUGAGCUCUCCCCUCCAUGCAUCAACCCUCCUCCCCCUAACAAAGAAUUAGAAAAAAAAACUGCCAUCUCUGUUUUUAUAGUAAGUCAUCAUUCUUUGGGUAAUCUACCAAUGAUGCAGGUGUCGUAACAUGGGCAUUACUUAUAAUUCAUAAAACCUGUAAAUGUGGUUGUUGAACGUUUUCUGUAAAAGUACAUAACUAAGAGGCACAGUCAUUACUAAUAAUAAUGUGAUGUACACAAUCAGUUUAAAAAUUUCUAUUAUGCAAGAUGAAUGAUUGUUUUUCUGUAGUGACGUGCAAGAGAAGCUCUAAUCACAGAUUCAAUUGUAAAUGCAAUACAGAUUUUAAAUUCAUAAAUAGAGGAUUGUAAAUCCAUUCUCUCUUUCUCUCAAAAGUUUCAUUUAUUUAAAUGUAAAUUUAGCUUGGUUUUUCUUAGAGUUUCAGUGAGCCUUUCAGUUGCAAUGACAUAACAGUCUUUGAUAAGGAUAGGUUAUGUCACCGUUGCACCUAAGUCAUUGUUACUUAACAGUGUGGUUUAGGUACAAUACAGUACAAUAUUAGUAGUAAUAUAAAUAGUAAGGAUGCUUUUUUUAUUUAUAUUUUGUAUACAUUAUCUAUCAUGAUACCGUAUGUUGAUAAGCUUGGUGCCCGAGUUUUCAGACCACAAAUUUUUGUAUUUUAAUAUUUUUCAGCUAUGUGUUUUCAGAAAUUCUAUUUUAAGUCAAGGGCCAAAGGUAUAUCUGUGAAUAAGUUUUGUUUUAUUUUCCCUGGAUAUGAACUUCAAAGCCUUGAUGUUACUUCAGGGGUCAUGCUGUGUCAGUGUUGCAUCCUUUUGCCUUUCAUUAGUGUGAAAAUAUAAGAUCCGCAAUGUAUUGUUAUUUAUAUUUGUUUUGUUGACAUCUGUAUGCAUUACUUACUAACUUUUUGAGGAAAUUGAGAUCCACAUUCAUUGCUUUCCAACUUCAUGAAGUUUUCUUUCAUAGGCCACUUCUUUUAGCAUUUUUGCCCUUUUAAUGGAAGGGGAGUUCAUUGCCAAGCGUCACCAUGUAUGAAUAGUGUGUGGUCUCGAGAGCUUCAUCUCGGCUACAGAUCCCUCGUUUCAGUUGUGUCUAACUCUCAAGAUUGUAAGUUUUAGGCACACUUGUCACUGAGUAAUGCAAGCCUUUUUUUGCAGACGCAGACACUAACCCUUUCCAGAUCUGGUUUAACUUUCUAACGUAGUUACAGAAAAUGCCAGUCCUCUCUCUCUCUCUCUCUCUCUCUCUUUUUUCACUUAGUUAUUUUGCCCAGUGUGAAAUGAUUGGUUGGUGUCUGCCAUACUGAUGUUUCAAUAACAGUCAUCUUUAAGAGAUGCAGAAUUCCACCUAGUCCAGCUAAUGUACUUAUGAUAGAGAUGGAAUUGUAUGUGGUGUGUUGGAAUGCAGUUAAUAUUUCAAAAGAUAUCUUGAUUAUUACGUUAGGUUAUAACAAAUAAGGCAGUUGCUUUUGUCAUUUUUAUACUACUUCAACCUCAAUUUUUAUAAACCUCUAAAACCCUACGGGUAGUUUUUUCAUCUGGCUUGAGACUACUUUCCCCACCAGUGGCAGAUGAAACAGGCACAGAUUGCAGCUUUAUAUUGUUAAGAGACAAAACUUUUGCUGUCGUGUGCUUUUAUCUGUAGUUCCAGCAUUUCAUAUUUAUCAGAAUUUACCAGCAUUGUUAAUCUCUAAAACAAGUCAUUCAUUUCUUCCAUGUCAUCAUCAGUUACCUGAGUUAUUCAUUAUCUUUAUCAUUCAGUAUUUACUCUUUUGUCAUAGUAAAUAGGUAUAUUUUUUCUCUUAACGAAAUUUGGUUUUGUCCACUUCUGGAAUCAUUUUAUGCGAAUUGAUCUCAAAGAAAAACAGGAUUUUGCCGUGAGAAGAGUAGCAAAGCCAUAUGAAAUUUUUAGAGAACUUGCGAUUGUGUGUAGUCCUAAUUUUAGUUAUAAGAAGUAGGCAGUCCCCGGGUUACGACGGGGGUUCCGUUCUUGAGACGCAUCGUAAGCCAGAACAUCGUCAAAAAUUCUAAGAAAACCUUACUUUUAAUGUUUUGGGUGCAUUGAAAACUAUGUAAACUGCAUUCUUAUGGCAUUUUUCAUCAAAAAAACUUCAAAUAUCGAUUAUUUUGCAUUUUUGGUGUCAUAUUUCAUCUGCCAGAUGAGCGUUGUAGGUGUCGUAACCCUGGAACAUGCGUCGUAACCCGGGAAAUAAUGUCUGAUGAAUAUAAUUGAAAAGCGUCGUAACCUCGGAACGUCGUAAGCCGAGACCGUCGUAACCCGGGGACUGCCUUACUUGUUUCUGUUUAGAUUAUGUUAAGGGGUUAAAGGUCCAUGGGGAAUGUAUUUAUAUAAUUUUGCAGUGGGAUGUUGAAGCACCUAUUCAGCUCCAUAGUUAUUCAGAGCUAGAAACAUCUCAGAAUUAUUUAUUUUAAGAAGAACCCAUUUGUCAAUAGAUACAUUCAUAUUUAUGAAAGCCUGACUGCGCUUGAUCCACCAUAAGGAAUGGAAGCACCAGCUAUAAUGCAAAGAAGUAAAACCUCGGUUUGUUUGCAAAUAGUAUGUUAAAGUAUCUUAUAUAAUCUGGUUAAUCUUAAAAGUUACAGAUUCAUCACAGCCUUCCUUGAAGGAGUACGUUUUAUCACUUUUCUUGAUAAGAUUGCAUCAUUAUAUACUAUUUUGUCGUAAUGUACGCUGCAGGUCAUUUUCUUAAGUGAGUGAAUAUAAGUUAGAUUUUAUAGAAGUUUUAUUGGAGGAUAGGCUUGUUUUUUUGUGUGUACCCUUAUCUCAGUUCUUUGCUCUUUUCGCAUUGAAAUUAAGUUCCACUUGCUUUUAGAUUAAUAAGCCGGUGAAGCUAACAGGGUUCAUUAUCCAUAAUUUCAAUCUGAGCACUUUUUAAGUACUGAGCAUUGUAUUGUCCUUUCACUUGUUUAAUGGUUGAUUAUGCAUUUUAUCAUCAUUUGGUGGAUGCUGUGUACAAUUGCUUCACAAUGUAACCUAGUUUAUGCAAUACCUAAGACCAUAUCCUUCAGGCCAGCACCAUUAGAGCUGAUAAUCAUAAGUCAUUGGCCUUAAACUAUUUAGUAAUAAUAAAAAUAAAAAUGCCUUUAUGCGAAUAUUCCCCAUCACAAUGACAGAAAGAUUUGGCAGUUGACAAGGAGGCCGAAUUCACUAAAGCAUUUUGAAACCCAUGGGAUCUUAUAGGAAUUUAGUUGUGCAUUGUAUAUAAGAUACUGUGUAUGUUUUAAGUAAGAGUGAAGUCUUUAGUUGUUAUAAAAAAACUGAAAGGACAAGUAUAAAGUAAUGAUCAUGUAAAUAACAGAUACUUCAGCAUUCUUCCACAUAUUUGUUUAAUUGAGUAAAAAACCCUUCUUGUUUGUUUUUAAAUAUGAUAACCAAACUUUUGAGGGUAAAAAUUUAACUCUAGCUGGUGUACCAUUCAGAGUUAAAAGCAUGGAUUUUUUUUUCAGUAGUGUAGGAUGCCCACCUCGUGUUGUAAGCUUUAUUGUUUUAAUGUGUUGAGUUUCAGUUUUUAUUUUCUAAUUUUGCAGUGAUGCCAGGGAGUACAGAUGGUGAAGGGUUUUUAUAAUGUUUAAAAUCCAUGAUGUAACAUUCAUGAAGUUUCAGUUAUACAUAGGUAUGUUUGUGUAUGUGUGCUUUUUCAGUCACCUGUUCAGAAAGGAAGGAAUGAUUUGGUAGAGGACCAUUUUGUCCAGUGAAUGAUGAUCUCCACAUUGAUUGGUGUCUCUUGACUACUUCUCUUCCCCGGUUUCGAGAAUUGAGUGUAAUUUUGUUUUUCUAGUGUUAUUAUGAUUAACAAACCAUGGUUCAAUCUCCAUGUGUAGCCUUGUAACUCACAAUGAGGUUGCUGUAAAUUUACAAUAAUCAUGGCAUUUAUUUUCUUCAUGUCAUUGAAUGAAUGAUUAACAGUAGGUUUUGAAAAAGGUAUAGUAUAUACAGUAAAUGCUGUUUCAUGGUUUUGUCUGUUUGCAUAUUUCCUUUAGCACAUGUUCCUUACUGAAAUAUGUAGUGAACCCAAGUACAUGCUGAAUUUUUAUUGUUGUUGAGCUUAACAAAACAAGUUUGAAUUGAAAAGCAAGACUUUAUAUGUAUUCAAGAUUCAGAAAUGAGAUUUUGAUAGAAUUUUUUAUGUUGUAUUUACACCCGGGACAUCAAAACCUUGUAAUCAGUUUUUGUUUAUUGAGGUGGAACAUUAAAGUAAUUACAGGUACUAAUUUUUUCUUAACUGAAUAAGAAUUAGUGCCUCCUGAAAACAUUAUUGUUCGAUAAACUCAAGAAUAAAUUCGUUUAGAUGGAUUUUGCUUUGUGUUCAGCAAGAAACUGUAGCAGUUUGUGAUAAUCAGUUUUUCCACAUAUUUUUCUGCAUUCGUCAAUAUUUAAGUACUGACAACUGUAGCACAAUAAUAUUGUUAUUUUACUGGUUGAUGAAUUUUCAUUGAUAAAGUGAGCUUAGUGUUUUUUUCAAUAUUGAAUGUAGGAAGUUUAAUGAAAUGCAUUUGAGGCUAGGGUGAAGUAUUUUGUUUAUUUUCUUUUAUUUUACCCGAAGGAAAGGACUUACAAAAUUAUGUGUUGUAAUCCUGCUCAUUGUAACCACUCACAGUGGCGACUGUAUUUGCUCCCUUGCACUGGAUUAGUUCAUUUUGGAGUACAUUGCACUUUUAUUUAUAUAAUCGUGUAUUUCUUUCAUAUGUAUUGUAAUGCAUGCAGUUUCUAAAGGGAAUUUUUGAAACAUUUCAGUUUAGUAUCUUAAAUGGUUGAAACACAUGUGUACUUUUCAAUUCUUUUGAUAGGAACUGACCUUUUCGGUCCAAAAACAAGCUAGAUACAUUGUGCUGGACUCUUAAUAUGCUAAACCAUGGCUGUAUAAGUGACAUGUAACUUGGAAAGCUCUUAAUAGUAAAUAUUGUUACUUUGUAUGCAAGGGAAGCAUUUUAGUUUGCACUUUUAGUUUCAUGGGAAUAUGACUAUUAUAAGAUUUACACCAUGAUUUAGGAAGUUAGAGCAGUGAUAUAUCAAAAAAGAUCUUUUUAAUUCAAGAUGUAAUUUCUCCAGUCAAGACUUGCCUCUCAACUUUUUCAUUUUUGACUAUAAGAACACCUCUGUUGAUGUACAGAUUAAUUUGACACCAGUCCUUUGUGUUUUAUGGAAGAAGACUUAAAUGUUUUACCUUAAAUGGACAUUGAAAGUUGAAGGCUUACAAGCUUUUUCAAAUGGAAAAAAGAUCUGCAUUCUGAGUUACUUUAUAUCCUUUCUGAAUUCCUAAGUCAUUAGUGGUAAUAGAGAGACAAAGUAUUGGGUAGUUCUCAGAUACUAAGAAAAAAUGGUUAAAAUUUAUUUGCCUUGGUUUGGAAAUGUAAGCAGACUUCUCUUUGCUGCAGUAUUUGUUUGUGAUAUACAUUUAUAUUUUUGAAACACAUGCUUGCAAAGUAUUGUAGUGGCUGGUUUUGUAGAAUAAGUGGUAUGAUAAUUGUAUUUAACCAAGUUUUAAAACAUAAUUAAGUCAUCGUCUCAUUGCAACUUUCAUAAUUACUGUAUGUUAAUACUAUAAAACAGCAGGAUCUGUAAAUACAGAAUAUGAAUAUUCUUGUAUUUUAUGCAGAUAACUGAAUUCCAAGGACUCCUUAGAGGAAAUGGUUUCAGUGCAUUAUGUUUUAAUUUGCAUUUUACUAAAAUAUGGCUUGUUUUAUAUUUUAUAUAUAAAGACUUGCUAAAGCCAAGUUCCAGCGUAAUAUAUGAAAGCACAAGAAACAGAAAAAUAAAUUGAAGGCCUUGAAGAUCAAGAAGAAAGGACAUUUUUACUACCAUUUCAUUGUGUUCAAUACUUUCUGUUUAAAUAAGAAGAUAAUCAUGUUGGGUAAGGGGUGAAACACUGAAAACUUUACAGAGACUAAAAGGAGAAACAGUGAGUUGCAAUGAUAUUUUGAAAUACAUUAUUGGACUUUCCCAGCAAGUUUUUUUUUUAAAGACCAGGGUACCCACACUGGUACUGACUUGUAUUUAUAUCUAAGAAACCUGGAUGAUCCCUCAUGUACUUGUUAUAAAUGAAUUAAGAAACGGUAAUGUUGAAGACCCUGAAACAAAAUUUAGCACAAAACCUUGUUACUUUGGGGAGAUUUAAAUGAUGGCCAUUAUAGAUUAAACAUCUGAUUAUACAGUAUACUACGUACUUUUGUGAAGAAUUGUAUUGUUUCUCUCUCCCUCUAUGUCUUUUAAUGAGCAUGUUCAUUCAAUGUACAUAGGACCAUUCAUUAGUCAAAUAAUCCUAUUUCUUUCACAAGUGGUAUUGAUUAAUGUUAAUGACUAGCUUGAAACUUAGCUAUCUUCUUAUCUGAAGUUUUAACAGUUGCUAUACAGACAGUGGUACGCUCUGUUGUAAUUAAAUGGUGAAGUGUCGAGUCAAACACUAUUAUGAAAUACUGUGGACCAGUGUCCAUGUCCAUAUGUAUAUCCAUAUGUAUACACUUUAAGCAAUUUUGUAUGAGUGUCGAUGUUACAAACCAUUUGAUUUGUUUUGAAUGUUGCUUGUAUGAAUUCAUAAUAGCUUGCUGAAUGAUGGAUUUUAACCAUGCAUGUUUGAGAAGCAGAAAUUGUGGAGUGUCUUGAGCCAAAGAAUGUUAACUGAAGCUGUGGAUCUUCAGUUUUUUACGCAUUGAUACUGUACUGGUGCCUUCACUGAUGUGUUCCGUUUCUUGACCCGAGUGCUUUUAUAAAUGGGAAACUAGAUUUGACAUGCCAUAAAAAUGAUUAAACUACAAUGAGGAGAGGAGAGUGCUGUGGAAAUCACAUAUUUGGAAAAUUCUGCUCCAGAUUUCGUCUCGGGAUGUGUUGCCGCUAUAGUUGUAUUUUGUAAUAGACUUUCAGUUAUGAAAUUGUGUAAUCUACUUAAUAUGCAGGAUUUGUCAAGUUGGGGAUUUAAUUCUGUUUGCAGUAGUAAAUUUCAUGAAACGUCAUAAGGAAGGGGUUUUGCAUUAUAUUUUUUCUUAAGAGCUUAGGGCAGUGGGGACUUAUCAGACAGACUGCUUUUCAAGGGAUAUUAUUUGUCCUCAGUCAUUUCAUCAGAAAACCGGUGUCGUAAAUAUUAGAUUGUUUUAUAAAAAUGAACUUCCUUUACAGAUGUGAUUAUUUUAUUACAGAUAUUUUUUUUUUUUUUUUUUUUUUUUUUACUGUUAGGCUAUAUUUUCCAUUGAGUGUGAUCAGUAUCACACUUCAUUAUGAUGUACGUAUGAUAUAUAUUUUAAAUAUCCAUUUCUAGUGGUCUCUUUUGAUUUCCUUUGGUUAAUAAUUGAUGUAUGUGGAGAAGAAUCUGAUUAUAAGCCGAGGGUUUAGACAUAGUAUACAGUUAGACCAUUCUUUUGUUGAUAAGACAGGUUCAUUUGACAGUUAUAUUUCUAAAUGGAAGUUAGGCAUCUGAUGAUUAAAGAGUUAGUAUAUUUAAUCCAUAUUUAUAGACGUUUUAGUUAUAGAACAGUAGUAGAACCUUGUCCCUAGAUGAUGACAUUAAUGAAUUUCAUGAUAGAAUAAAUUGCACAUAUGUCAAGGGACUGUAGUGUAUAUGCAGAGAUCUUGUUACCAGUUUUGUUUGUUCUUGUAAUAAAGUUAAUGUUUUAGUGACAUUUCAUUUAUGGUGAUUUAAAUUCAAUUCGUAGUAUUAGUUGACAACUUUUGAAAUCUCUGAUCAGCAUUACACAAAAAGCCAUUUAUGCCUUAAAUGAAAGAUUUCCCUUUCAUCUUUUUUUGUUUUUGUUUUAUUGCAGUGUUUGACUGUGACCUUUAUAGUUUCCAUAGAGCAUUUUGCACCUCAGUCCACUGUGUUUUUUAACAUUUCUAAGCCCAUUUUGUUGAUGCAUGAUUUUGAUGAAUAUAUCAUCUCAUUGUAUGUAUAUAUUCAAGACAAAUCAAAUAUACACCAUGGAAAUAAAGUGCAGCAAUAAACAGCUAAAAAAAGGAGCAAGGAAAGAAAGUACUAUGAAUAUUUUGGUUCAUAGUAGUCUUGCCUUUCGGUGAUUAAAGUAUUGCAUUUUUAUGUAGUGCAAAUUUGACUUUGAAUGGUUGUAAAAAGUGAACUAUUCAUGAGCUAACAUUGGAGGUAAAAUUGGUGACUAAUCUCAGUUGGAAUGAGUCAGCCACUGUUUCUCUCCUUCCCAUUUUGCAGCUGAAUGUCUAGUAGAUACCUGUAAAACAUUAUACAGUGCCACACUUUGUAUCAUAAUGAAUUUUUGUAUAACAUCAUAUUUUGUGUCUUGGGUAUUGAUGCCCAUACUUAAUUUAUUAUAGGUGAUCUCAUACUGAAUUAUCUGCUUUGGCCAACCAUAUAAGAGCCAAGAUUUUUAAAUCAGUAGUCUGAUUAAACUUCUUUUUUUUUUCCCAGUUGAAUUGUCAGAUUUUAGGGUUUAAUUUUGUAGUCUGCCUUUCCCGGUGAAGGAGCUUAGAGGAAUUUACAUUUUGAGCUUCCUUGUUCUUGGUAACAAGUUAUAUUUCGAUACAGUUCAUUGUUAUUUUAUUGAUUAAUAUAUUUGUUAGAGGUUUCUCUUCUGGAGUUGAAUUUUGCAUGUAAUAUUAUGACUGGCUACCUACUUGCCUUGACUCUCCCACAGUGUAUUUAUAUCAUUUUAAAUUCCCGAAGCUAGUAAAGUUUGAUGUUAUUUUGACGAUUUACGAAAUGAAUAAAUUACCACAGCAAUGGCAGAUGUCUUUGACAUCAACGAACAAAAUUUGUUUUGCACAGCCUUAAAAUUAACUCCCAUCAUGAGUGAAGUUACCAGAAUGAUUAUGUCAUCAGAUGGAGCUUUUCUCAAGCUCUGAAUAUGUUUCAUAUUAAGUAGCAAAAUUGUUCUCUGUAGCUUCAGAAAGAGUUUUUGUAUUUGCAUUUAGGUUAGUUUGUAUUGAUAAUAAAAGACAGAACUGA